UCAUAGUGCACUCUGUCGUAUUUGCUUAAAAUUUAAUUGUUGAGGGAUAUUGCUGCCUUAUUGUAACACACUUUUUUCCCAAGGAUUUACUGUUCAACAACCGAAAUUCAAUAGCAAAAGGUGUUGAACUAUGGAUUUGUCAUCGGAAGAAAUUGUUGAUUCGUCACAAAAAUCCUGCAAGGGCAACCCACGUGGUACAACUAGUCGAAGCCGAACAUUACGCCAAACUAAGUACCGUUCGCAACGGCAAUUUACACCUAGAGUCACAAGGCAAAAUGCUAGUAAAAAACAAUCGUCAUGUGUACUUGAAAUUCCUGAAAGUUCCGAAGAAAACACGAGUUCAGCAAACAUUUCCGGAAGUCUUUUCAAUGGCCAACAAGAACUGUUGAAACAGUACCAGCAACAUGAUGAAUCAUUGAAAGAACGUGAUGAGGUACUGGAAAAAGUGUUGGAACAGUCUCGAAAAGUAUACGAGCAACUAAAGCUGCAGAACGAAACGAGGAAGCUGUUUAGUGAUAACACCGCUGUUAAUAAUGCUGAAACAUGCUGUUCGUCUCAGGAUGUGAACACGGGGGCAUUGUUAAAUUCGAAAGAUGAAAUCAAUUUUAAGCAUAUUGGAGUUCAAACAGAGCAACCAAAGCUCCAGCAUCAAACUGUUGCUCUCUCACCAAUUAGACAACCAAGCGUGUACAAAAAUGCAGCAUUACAAUUAUCACCAUUAAAAAUGCCAAACCAAGCUACAACUUCCGUAGGUUGCAAUACUGGCACAACCAUUCUAGCGGACGCUACGGUCCAAACCGUUCUUUUGGAAACUCGUAAUAUUGGCGUACAGAAGUAUCACAGCACCCGGGUUCGCGAGGCUUACGCACAAACUAGGACCGAAGAGCUGAGACGUCACGUGGCGAAACGAAACGUUUGCAUUCAACAUCGUUCGUAUGAAAUGCUGGAGUUGACAACCGACUGUGCUUUAAAUCUUGGUCUAGAAAUGAAAUGUGACCCAGCACGGUUACUGCGAAUGAUGUUGAGAUUGGCAUCCAAGCAAAACAAUCCGAAUGAGUCAUCGAAUAGUUCUGCUACAGCUGAUUUAACACCGGACGAUCCUUACUAUGCUAACUACGAAUACUUCAUGGGAGAAACUCCGGACGAAGGCACUGUUUCGCAUUCGGAUGUAGGUGAAAUAAAAAUGGAGUCGAGUUGCGUUGGUGAGGAAUUUUACUGAAAACUAUCGAUGAUUACAAAAAAAAUAAAUAAAUUCAUUAUAUUUGAUAUACUUGAGAAAUAAAAAAUAAAUAUAUGAGUUCUACUCCUACUUACAAACUAAUAUGGCACUAUUGGUCCACUGUCGUCG